CUGACAGUCGGGCUGAGCGGCCGCCGCGGGAGCAUCAGCCGGGCAGCGCCCGCCGCUCCUGCCCGCGCCCACCUGCGGCGGCGGCUGCCCUGGGCGCGGGGCGGCGGGGGCGCUGCCGCCGCCGGCUCCGCGCAGUCCCACCCCGCCCGCCCUCCAGGAUGAGCCCGGAGUAUUUUCUGCGCUCCUUGCUGCUCAUCAUUCUCGCCACCUUCUCGGCCAACGCCAGCAACUGGCUGUACCUGGCAAAGCUGUCUUCAGUGGGGAGCAUCUCCGAGGAAGAGACCUGCGAGAAGCUGAAGGGUUUGAUCCAGCGCCAGGUGCAGAUGUGCAAGAGGAACCUGGAGGUGAUGGACUCGGUGCGACGUGGAGCCCAGCUGGCCAUUGAAGAAUGCCAGUACCAAUUCCGCAACCGCCGCUGGAACUGCUCCACACUGGACACCUUGCCUGUCUUUGGCAAGGUGGUGACACAAGGGACACGAGAGGCAGCGUUCGUCUAUGCCAUCUCUUCAGCAGGAGUGGCCUUCGCCGUGACCCGUGCCUGCAGCAGUGGCGAGCUGGACAAGUGUGGAUGUGACCGCACAGUGCAAGGGGGCAGCCCACAGGGCUUCCAGUGGUCGGGCUGCUCCGAUAACAUCGCCUAUGGUGUGGCCUUCUCGCAGUCCUUCGUCGACAUCCGUGAGAGGAGCAAAGGGGCCUCUUCCAACAGAGCAUUAAUGAACCUCCACAACAACGAGGCAGGGAGAAAGGCGAUCCUGAACAACAUGCGGGUGGAAUGUAAGUGUCAUGGUGUGUCAGGCUCAUGUGAGUUCAAGACGUGCUGGAAAGCCAUGCCCCCCUUCCGCAAAGUGGGCAAUAUCCUGAAGGAGAAAUUUGACGGUGCCACAGAGGUCGAACAGAGCGAGAUCGGAUCCACCAAAGUGCUGGUACCCAAAAACUCCCAGUUCAAGCCACACACAGAUGAGGACCUUGUCUACCUAGACUCCAGUCCUGACUUCUGUGACCACGACCUCAAGAAUGGGGUCCUGGGCACCAGUGGGCGGCAGUGCAACAAGACCUCCAAGGCCAUUGAUGGCUGCGAGCUGAUGUGUUGUGGUCGUGGUUUUCACACGGACGAAGUGGAGGUUGUGGAAAGGUGCAGCUGCAAAUUCCACUGGUGCUGCUCCGUUAAGUGCAAACCCUGCCAUCGGGUGGUAGAGAUCCACACAUGCCGGUGAUGCACGGGGCAGGGCACCCACUUGUAUCUUCUUUAACCCACACUGCUUCUUCCUUGCCCCACAGCCAGGACUGAGGAAGUGACCCAGAUGCUGCAGGGAGAGCACAGCUCUUUACAGAGACAGAACCAGAGAGAAAAACAGAUUUAAAAGAAAAAAAUAUUUAAAGUUUAAGAAAACUGAUCAUUGUUGCCUUUUUUUAUUUUAUUUUGUCUGCUUUGCUGUAUGUAUUGCUGAAGCCAGAGCCCCUUGGUGUCCUGUGCCAGCACAAACAUUUGCUCUCUGGCUGUCCGGGAACCUGUGUGAUGCCAGCUCUGAUCGGAUGGGCUCCUGCUGCUUUUGGAAUGCUGCAGACAAGUGUUUAAGGCAAGGGUAGUACAGCAUUUGAAAUCUUGUAUUAUAGUUAUUCUGGUUUGUUUAAAGGCACGUGCUGAGCAUCCUGAAGAGCCGCUGGCCUGGCUAAGCCUCAGGAAGGGAAGGAGCACAGCCAGCCUAUGCAGCCAGGUGCAUUGCAAGGGACAGGCAGGUGGUGACAGGGUGGCACUGUCCUCCAAGAGUUAAGUUCCACAUGGAGCCCAGCCUGGGUGAUCAGUUCAUGAGGGCAAUGUGAGGCACUCGUGUACCUCCUUGUUGUAGCAUGCUCGAAGGCCUUCUGGGAAUGGAUGGAUUUUGGAGCAGCUCCAGGGACUGCUCUGAUUUAUAGAAGCUCUUCAGUGGCUGCCUAAGGCUAUUGGAGAACACGAUGGUCCCACCAUGCUCCCUUUCCCCCAUCUCUUCUCCAGUACUUGGUUCCACUGGAGACAGUGAAGGGCAGUGAUACCUGCAAUCCACUGACACUUAAUGGAGCUGAGAGCGAACGGGAAAAAACCAAGUUGAUUUCUUCUCCUCUGUCCCAUAAUUGCCCGCACCUCACAGGCAUCCCACAACAUCCCUCUUUCUCCUCCAUGUGCCUGUUCUCCUCACUCAGGAAGACACUGGGGGACAGUCCCUAUCCUGAUGAAUGCUGAGAAACGCAAAAGUAUAAAGUGGAGCAACUGGGUGUGGAGGAAUGCUGGUGCUCUGUCACUACUGCUGUAUGACCCUUAGGAAGCCACAAGAGAAGGACUCAGCCAGAGGAAUGCUGCCAUGUGUGUGUCCUGGUCACAGAGACUUAGUGCAACAGGGCCUCAGCUGUCCUGUCCUGCUCCCUGGGACACUGCCAUGAGGAUAAGGUGCUGUCCUGCCUGCUCUGGCUUCCCUCUGCCUAGGACUGGGUUAGUGCAGAGUCCUUGCUGUUGGGCUGCAGUACGAAAUAGUUGGAGAAAUAAGCAGAGGGGCACUGUGAGGGAAGGUGGAAAGUGAACCAGUUCCUCUCUCCCUCAUCCACUGGUCUAUGAGUCAAGAAGUAAAAAGGAAACAGAGAAAAACCUCAAAAUGACACCUCAAGCCAACAGGUGAGGCUCAGCAUUGCUGAGCCCUCCUGUGUAGGAGGGAGCUCCCUGCAUGGUCCAGGAAAGCCCAGAGCUGUGGCCAUCGCCUUCCCAGCUGAAGGAGGGGGUCCCUGCAAAACCUGCAAUAUUCUUGCUCUUCCUUGAGAGGGAAAAGGUUGGGGGAAUGCAUGGGCAUAUGUGAAAUCCCAUCUGUGCCAUAGCAGUGAUGGGCUGGGGGAGAACCUGUGGCCACUGGAAGGUCUCCAAACACCAUGUGCUGACAAAUUACUUUAAGCAGUGCAGGGUGCGGGAGGUUUGUGUUAGGGCAAACCCCAGCACACCCAAGCUGCCUCUCUCUUGCCUGCUCAGCACCAGUUCCAAUAAACCUCCAGUAAAAUGUGCCAGAUGGUGGUGAGGGACACCCUAGGUGAGUCGUGAGGUGGAGCUCCAUGGGUUGAUCCAUUUCAGUGCAAACCAGAGAUCUCACCAGAGCAAGGUUUGCCUCUCUCAGCUGGCCAAGUGUACAGCAUUAAAUCCCGGGGUGGGGGGAGGUUGCAGGGGGGCAGGUGGUGAAAUCUAAGCUUUGCCUCCUGUAGUUCCAUUUCAUCAGCCACCCAAGGCUGCAAAUCCUCAAAAACCUUAGAGACAGUUCUUCCCUCUUCCCUUUCCAGCUCAUGCAGAGGAGGUCACAAAUCUCAGGCCAUUGGCCAAGUCUUCUGCACCUUGUCCAUCUAGGAUGAGGGCCAAAGCUGAACAAGAAAAUUCAAAUCAGCAUGGAGAUAAUCUCUGUACCUGGGAUUUUUUCAGGCUGCAAUGAAAGCUAAGCCCUGCAAAUGCCACCCAGGGUUAGUUUGGCUCUGCAGCACUCUGGUUCUUCUCAUAACUGUAAGUUUGAACACCACAGGAGGGGUUUAGAAAUGUGUUUUCAUAUUUAUUUUGUCUAUUAAAUAGUAAGUUUGUGCUGAACAAGCCAUGGGGUUUUCCUGUCCUGAAAUCAGCUCCACUGGGCUGUGUAAAACCAUAAUGUGCUGCAGACACCUCAUGGUUGCUGGUCUCCUCCAAAGAGUCUGGGAAGGGAGGUGCCCACAUGGUGCCUCCUGACAAUGCAAAGAGAACACUAAAGUUGUCCCUCCUCCAGUCUCUUCUCAGGAGAUGCUGGUAUUUGGAUCACAGAUGGCAUCCCUCCUUUCCCAUCAGUGCAAGUACAGCUUGCUUCUGCCUUAACCACUUGAUACACCACUGGCUUAAAAGGCAACUUAUUUUAGAUCUCAGUAAGUCUGUGACUUCCUCCUGUGGAGAGGGCAUCAAUAUCUAUCUGCUUAGAACAGUGUUCCCCUGUCCUGCCCACAGCCAAGGAGCCACAGCUACCUUGCGUGCUGCUGGAAGCAUCCUGCCAGCGGGCUCAAGGUGCAUUUGAGCUGGGAGGGGACGAAAACUGCCCAUAGAUGCCAAGUCAUGGAUCUGCUGCCUUUUGCCUCCAUCACUGUGAUGCAGUUUGCUGGAUUUGGAGCAUAUGCAGUGCCUGAUACACAGGUAUGCUCCAAGCUGCCCACAGUACAUUUUGCUUGUCCCUUGUCCUUCCCCCAAGCCAGAAGCUGUAUCCUUUCCACACUGUUCCCUAUAGUCUGGAGCUUCUUGCUUCAGCAGGGGUUGCUGCUGGGUCCAGCUGUACACCCUGCCUCAUCUUCUUUCUUUAGCUGUAGCUGUCCAUUUGCAUGCUCUCAAAGCUCACCUUUUCAUAGGCUCAUGGUAAAAUCAGUGUCUUCUCUCCCUUUGGCCUCUGUGGUGUUAGGGCUUGAGGGAUAUCUUGUUAAGUUUAACUUGUUGCAGAAAGAGCAUGGUAGGACGGGAGAAAAUUAUGCCUGAGCCUCCCAAAAACCCUCACGUGCAACAGCUUCUCUCUUCCCUUAGUGGAUCACACUCCUUCAGCACUUCUUUUCCCCAUUCCAGCUUCAGCCUCAGGUAAGGAAUUGUCUCCAGUGAAAAAAAAAGAUGUCUCACUCUUCUCCUGCAACAAGGUGUAUGGAGACACUAGCUUCUCUGUGACCAUAGACAGAGCAAGAUAUUUGUGUACUCCUUUUCCAAUGCCCUCUGCCUACUCCACCUGUCCUUUGCAUUACACACACAUCAGACUACAUCACACUAUGCCUCUCCCCACCACUGCAUCCUGCCACAUGCUCGGCCCCAUUCCAGCCCCACAGGCCCAGCACUAGGUCCUCAUCCUCAGUCCCCCAACACCUUCUCCUUAGUAAGCUCAUCCUUCCUCUGAGAACUCACAGGCUGACAUCUCCACCCAGCCUCUCCCCCUCAUAAACCUUCCUGGAUGUCCCACUGCCAACUCGACAUCAUCAUAGCAAAAAUAGGACAUCGCUUUCAAGUCCUCUCCACCCUGCUCUGAAGGGUAAAUUCAUUUUUUUUUUUUUCCCCAUUCCCCAAAUUCAAAACUUUACCAUCAUGAUCUGCUUAUUCUGUUUUCUUUGCCUUUUCUGCUAGAAAAUCCACCUAGGUGUCAGGUACCUUUAGUCUCAGCUAUUUCAAACUCUGGGCUUCACAUUUCCCAACUCUCUAUCCCAGAUCCAGUCCAAGCCCGGCACAGCCAAACACAUGUGCAGAGCUGGUAUUUUUCUCCAGCUGUUUUGACCACAUCACCCUCGUGCCCUUUAUUAGGCAAGGACACUUCCAUCACUCGCAACUAUCUCAUUCUCCCUCCCUGGGCAUGUUCAGCCUCACCCACUGCUCCUUGCAAAGCAAUUAAAUCACUGUGGGUGACAUUAAUGAUGCUGAUGGAGCAUAAGUUAGUACUCACAUCCUUUCCCUCCCUCACACCAUCAGUGAACAUUACAGCAAAUCCCUUUGCAUAUUCCUUCAGCAAUGAGCACAGUAACUCUUCUGCAUCUCCUUCUCUCCCUUUAUCCACAUGACUUUACCAGCUGGCUGUAGGGAAGCAAAGUGACGGAGACAGUAGGAAAGCAUCUAGGACUACCAAAGAGAUACUUCAAGGACAGAAUGGUGUCUCACUGCAUGGGCAGGUAAAGAAGAGGCUCAGUUCUCCUUAGAGUUGCCACACCACACAUGUCAUGCCACCUAUAAUUGGGCAUGACAGGCGUCACAUCAGUCUGGCACAGGAGAACCCACACUGGGGUGACCAUCACUUCCACCUGUACUUGCUGAAGAUGUCAGUGGUGCCUUGGCCAUGCAGUGGGUCCUUCAGCAGCACUAGGCUGCAGCACAAGGCCAUGCUGAAGGACAGACACCCAGUAGAAGCAGAGCCUUUACAGCAGCAUGAUACCAUGACAACAGGAGGGCACCCAGCCAGCGCUCCUCAGAGAGGCCUCCUGACCCUGACUGCCAAAAUCCUACUUUAAUCACAGGAAAAUAAAUUGUGCAACCUACCUUGGACUGAAUUGUAAGACUCUGUGGGUGGAGGGGAGAAGGGGGCAGGAUCUGGGCUGAGGAUCAGGCCCUGCAUCACAGCAUUUGGGCUGGACCACACUAACACCUGGAGCUCAAGCAGCAUCUGCACCAGGCUCUGCCCUUCUCAGUGCUCACAUAUGUGCCCGGGGUGUUUCUGCAGCCACCAAGCCACCAAGCUCCUUACCACAGAUCCAGAGAUGCAGCUACAUGCAAAUCCCAUCUUUGUGCCUGUGUUCAGUCCUCAGGAGCUAUGAUCUCUCCUAGGCUGGCUUCCAGACCUGGCAACACAUUCCUUCUUGCAUCCCAGAUCUGACCAUCAGUAUUUUCUCAAGUGCAUGUGCAAGGAGUGUUGCCUAGGUGAGCUCCAUACCACUGUGGAUCCCCAAACUGCUCUUGGCAGUGCCUCAACACUAGAUAUUUGGUCCAAAAGAUCUAAAUGAUCCACCAUGAUCCUCUCCUUCCAGCUCUUCAUCACCACAAAUAAAAGCACAAAUUGCAAGUCUUAAUUAGAGUCAUUUGCUCAGAAGUGCAAAAAAAUAAUCCACCCCAAACCCCUCAGUGGCUGUUGAGCCUACUCGUCCCUCUUGGCCCUGGUCUAGGACAGCUGUUGCAUUAUCACAGCUUUGCUCCCAUAAUUUACGUGGGCAGAUACUGAUGGGACCAUGGGAAACUAUUUUAAGCUAAAAGAGGUGAAAUUAGAUUGGGUGUAAGGAGGAAAUUCUCUACCCAGAGGGUUGUGAGGCUAUUACAGCAAAGCUUAAUAAGAAGAGGUGGGAAAAUGCAAUAGCCUGUCUCUUCAGGUGUCUCAGCUUCCUGAGCUGGGAGUAGCCAAAUGCAGUCCAUGAGGAAGUCUCACCACCACCUCAAGCCCUUUCCAAAGGAAGACUAUCAAGCAGGGUGGCAAAGCAGCCAACCAGCAGGUAGGUAAUUUGUCUUCAUUGGUGACUAUUCUGUAAUAUAGGAACUGAAACUAGGAUGGCUGGUCAUCUCUUGCCUAUCUUAUCAUCCCUAGGUACCCAUAGGUGAUCUCACAGAGCUAUAGAAACUACUGCCAGAACAAUGUACCUGCCAUUUGCUCACCAAAUCAGAGCAUAAUGGAUUGACUUCUUCCCUACAGCAUAAUCUGAGAAACCAUUAGCUUCUCCAGCUCCCAUCCUUUGGUUUGCAAGAUGAUUUCAUGUACAUCAUUGUUUUGCUGGUUAAGAAACAAGAGAUGUGUGACCCCACAACAUGCCAAGGAACUGUCAGAAAAAUUGCUGUGGCCAGGAAAGAAUGUAGGAACUAGAAGUGCUGCUGCAUCUUCCCUCAUAUCUACAGCUUCCACCAAAGACACCCAAGAGAGCAGCACCUGACAGCAUCAAAUUUAUAGCUUCAAAGUCUCCACUUUUCUGAAGGAGAGGAAGAUGGUGUAUAGAAGUGUACCAGCAAAUAGCUCAUGAACCCAAGAAUUAGAACUUUCAAAAGGGAGUUUUCAGGCUGCUUCUGAAAAAAUACAGUCCAGGCAUCCUGUUUUACUGCAGAAUUUCUUGUUAAGCUACUCUCCAGGAAGGAAGUUGUUGCAGAAAAUUUAAUGUAGCAGGGUUAUAGAGGCCUUGGCUGUAAAACAAGAUGUACAAGAAUGACCAGAGAAAUAUAGAAUAUGUUCAGAACAGAGCAGAGGGUCUAGGCACUGUGGUUACUAUGUAGCUUAAUUUGAAAUGUGAAAAACCAUGGAGUUCUGGGGGAAAAAUAAAAAGGAACAUCAG